AUGACCAAAUUCCGCGGCUGCAUCGACCUGCACUCAGGGGUAGUAAAGCAGAUAGUCGGGGGAACACUAUCGGACAGUUCACCAUCAUCGCUAAAGACGAACUUCACGUCCUCGCUACCAUCCUCACACUUUGCGGCGCUUUACCGCACGCACGGGGUUAGCGGAUGUCACGUAAUAAAGCUGGGGCCCGGCUGCGACGCGGCGGCGGAGGAGGCGCUGGCCGCGUGGCCUGAUGCACUGCAGAUCGGCGGCGGGAUCAAUGAUGUCAACGCGAAGGCGUGGGUUGACGCGGGGGCCGAGAAGGUUAUCAUCACGAGCUAUCUCUUCCCCAAUGCGACGUUCAGUAUGGAGCGGCUACGGAAGGUCCUCGACGCGGUGGGCAAGGAGGGGCUGGUCAUUGACCUGUCGUGUCGUCGCCGCGGCGACAGGUGGUGGGUUGCUAUGGAUAGGUGGCAGACGAUUACGGAUUUGGAGGUUAACAAAGAAACCCUCGACCGACUCUCCGCCUACUGCAGCGAAUUCCUCGUGCACGCUGCCGACGUGGAGGGGCUAUGUCGCGGCAUCGACGAGGAUCUGGUCAAGGCGCUGGGGGAGUGGGCGACGAUCCCGGUGACGUAUGCGGGCGGGGCGUAUAGCAUUCAGGAUCUGGCGACGGUGGAGGAGCUCAGUGGGGGAAAGGUGGACCUUACGUAUGGCAGUGCGCUCGAUAUUUUUGGCGGGGAUAAGGUAAAGUUUGAGGAUUGUGUGGGGUGGAAUAAGGAGCGGGCGUAG